AUGUCCAUCGAAAACCUCACCCUCGAGGACAACCUUGAGUCCGGCGUCACCGUCGAGAUCCACUCGCGCCCCGAGCGCAAGGCCAGGAAAGCCCUUGAGGGCCUUGGCCUCAAGAAGGUUCCCGGAAUCCAGCGUGUUACCCUCCGCCGCCCCAAGAACGUCCUUCUCGUCGUUGCCCAGCCCGAGGUCUACAAGGCCCCCGGCUCGGACUGCUACAUCGUCUUCGGCGAGGCCAAGAUCGAGGACCCCGCCUCGGCCGCCCAGGUCGCUGCCCAGCAGCAGCUCCAGGCUUCGACCGCCGCCGCCCAGGCUGCCCACGCCCAGGGUGGCUUCAAGGACGGUGUCCCCCAGUCGCUUGAGGACCUGAUGGGUGGUGACGACGCCCCCGAGCUCGAGGAGGGUGAGAAGCCCGCUGCCGCUGCCGGCAGCGGCAAGGUCGAGGACGAGGACGUCAAGCUCGUCGUCGCCCAGACCGGCUGCACCGAGGAGAAGGCCCGUGAGGCCCUCACCGCUGAGAACGGUGACCUCAUCAAUGCCAUCAUGCGCAUCGGCGCCUAA